GGACAUCUAGUCGAACCUUGUGACGCCGUCAGGGGCUAAAGGGUAUCUCAAUAAACUCAAUAAACUCACUCCGGCGCAAGUUGCCGAGCGGACUCACUCCGACACCAUGAAGCCCUGUCUAGCAGCGCUCGUUCUUCUCUGCUCCAUCCCCGGGCUGGCCUAUGGAAAAUGCGCGCUCGACGCGGCGCUGGCCAAGAACUUACCCGCGACUCUUGAGGGGUCGGCAUGCCCGCCCGCUACCGACCCCAAGUUGGUGGCUCUGAAGGAAAAGGUGAAGAAGGAGAAGACCCAACAGGACGUGACGAUCAACAUGCUGCAGGCCAUGGCUGCCGUGGAAGCGAAGGCGACGGACAUGUUAGAGGCGAAGCUGAAGAAACUUGAGGUGAAGUUGAGCGUUCUUGAGGGAGAGAUCAAGAGGAAGAAGGCAGAGUUGAAGGUGGAAGACAAGACGCCGAAAAAGCAGGGGGACGCGUCCAAGGGCGACUUCCCAGACUGUGGUGGCAUCAAGAUCAUGGACCCCUCGAUGAAGAGCGGUCAGUACCAGAUUAAGAUCAAGGGGAACACACAGAAGACUCCGGUCAAGUGCGACAUGGAGACGAUGGGCGGAGGCUGGACCAUUAUUCUGGGCAGAGACGCGUCCCAGACGAAGGUGGUGGACUUUAACCAGGAUCUCGCCGCGUACAAGAAAGGGUUCGACAACCCGCCCGAGACAAACUUCAUCCUGGGUCUGGACCACAUGACCAAGCUGACGUCACAGGGGAAGUACCAGCUUCUCGUGGAAAUGGAAGACUUUGAUGGUGUGAAGGCCUCAGCAAUGUACAAGGAGUUCAAGGUUGGAGAUGAAGCCAGCAAGUUCAAGCUCACGAUUGGGGAGUAUGACGAAGCCACCAGCACAGCCGGGGACGCGCUCUUCUUCCACAACGGGAAACCCUUCAGCACCAAGGGCAAGGACAACGACGGGAACACCAAAGUAGACUGGGCUGUUGUAGCGACUGGAGGUUGGUGGUAUCAUGAGAACGGCUACGCAGCUCACCCCACUGGACAACAACUCGACAAGACUAAAAAGGCGGACAUGGAGGUGCAGACCAUCAACUGGCUGCCGUGGCGAGGCUACGAGAAACUCAAGACCAUUUCCUUCAAGGUCAGGAAGAGUGACUUCAAACUCGUCUACUGAGGUCUUCAAGGUCAUGCCUAGAUGUUUUCUCCCUGAGAAGAAGACGUUUUCUUUUUGAUUUGUUUUCUUUUUAAUUUCCGUGAGUUUACUUCCCCGCAAGCAAAACGAUAAGCACCCACAUACACAAGGUAACAACAGGAUAAAGUUUGGAAACGGCUAUCAGUUAGGACAGCAUUUGCUUUCUUUUGUCAGUGACUGUUCUUAUCCAGUUGCUUGAGUAACUGUCCCCUUG